UGCAUUCUGCAAUUCUACUGGAAACUAGUCUCAUGUAUUAUAUACUUCUUUUCACUAAUUCGAACUUAGUAAUCAGAUUAAUCUAUCUCCUGUUUGUCGUUUUACAUUCAAUCUUAUGCAUUUUAGUGGGUUACUCGUGUUCGACAUUUACGUCUACGAUGCAGACUUCGUUUCAAGACAUCCGAAGAUUUUCUGAGUUCGAUUUAUCGCUCGAACAGAAACUAAAAAUCUUAAAUUUCAUGAAGAGAUUUGGAAAAGAGUCAUCAUGUAUAUCAGUAAGAGCCUAUUUUCAUGUUGCGAAAAAAUUUCCAGUAAAGAUGGCCAACAAAUUUUAUUCUCUAUUUUCUGGUCUUCUAAAACUUAAGACGUCGUCUACAUCGUGAAAAAUUUUCCAUUCGGGUACACGUCUUUUAAGCUGCAAAAGAAAUUUAAAGAUUUGAUUCCACUAAUUUAAAACUUUACGAAAAAUUAUCUCGUGCUAUACAAUUCAACAACAUUCAA